UGGAGGAGUUGGUUCCAGUCCAAUCCAGGCUCAGUACCGCACGUCUCCGCAAUCCCACGUCCCAACAACCUUACGGCAAUUUGUCGUGAAAUGCGUUUCGGUCGUUCAUGAAGACUGCUUGCGAAAGGCUUAAAGAAUCUCGUAAAACUUGUACCAGUCCAGGAUGUUCUUGGAUCCUUUUAUUUAAGCGACAGUUGCACCCCCGUGCCGUGUUUCCUCCCAUUAUUUCGCGCUCACAAUUCGUGCCAAGAGGGGCAGUUGUUGUGAGCUUUGCCACUUCCUUCAGUCGUUCGAGUUGAAAAGAUCCAAGAAGGAAGCGGUACGACUGUACACGACUGUGCCUCUUUCGAAGGUGGAAUGCGGGGUUGCGAUAAUGGCAACUGUGGAUGCCGUUGAGUGCGCAAAAGGACUUGUUGGAUGACUGCCGACCAAUGUGUUUGAUUCUCUUUAUCCAUCAGCCUGCCACAUCGAAUUCCAAGUAUUCGUUGGUGGUGGCAGCCAAUCGCGACGAAGUCUAUUCUCGCCCAACGGAGCGGGUUCACUACUGGCCAACAAGUCAAACCUGUCGAAGCACGAACGAUGAUGAGAUUUUGGCCGGCAAGGACUUGGAGGCUGGAGGAAUGUGGAUGGGUAUCACCAGCAAGCAAGGACGUUUCGCGGCCGUCACCAAUUUUCGAGAGCCGCGACGAGACGAACAAGACGCACAAGCACGUCCGUCCCAUGCCACCCGCAAGUCUCGAGGAGAUUUGGUGUCUGACUUUUUGACGUCCAACGUCUCACCCUUGAAGUAUUUGGAAGCCAUUGAGGCGGAUCAGACUUGCUUUUACAGUGGAUUCAAUCUGCUGGUGGGAGAUGCCAGUGAUGGUCUCUACUGUUAUUCCAAUCGCAGCAAUGAUGGCAAUGGAAAUUCCCUCAUUCAAGGCAACAUUCAAAAAUUGGAAUCUGGACGAGUUUAUGCGCUCUGCAAUCGAUUCCUCGAUUAUCCUUGGCCCAAAGUGAUACGAGCCAAGCAGCGUUUUUCCGCCGUGUUGGAAAAUGCCAUCUCGGAUGACAACAGUUCGUCAAAAAUAUUAUCAACAUCCGAGUCAGACCAAGAAAUGGAACUCCGAACCAAAUUGUUUGAGGUCUUGAAAGAUUCCACCAAAGCACCCGACAAAGAUGUCCCCCACAAAGAUACCGGCUGCCCCGAAGCAUUUGAAAAAAUGGUCUCGUCACCUUUCAUGGAAUCAGAUUGGUACGGCACAAGGGCGUGCUCUGUUCUGCUUGUGGGAAACAACAAAAACAAUAACAACAAUCACCAUUCAAGUUCGUUUGUGGAGCGUUCCUUUGGACCCCAUGGAGAGUUUCAGGGAGAAGUCCAUGAAACAUGGGGGUAGUGGUGGUGGGUGGUGGGGCGUCUCCACUUGCAUACUACCGGUAAUUCAAAUAUGUGGAGUUGAUAUCCGAAAGGUCCCGUGCUGAAUGGUCUUUGCAGCAGUUUUGCUUUGGUUUGGGUUUGUUUGCCGUUCCGUUUGUUGGGAGCAAAAAUUGUUUUGCAGGCGUAUGGUUGCAGCUGUUCAACGACAGCCGCAUUCAUGAGUACAUGUAUCUUUGAAAACAUCCAAGGGGCCACUUCCAGCAGCAAGUCUGUGAGUCCAGGUAUCUCAGGGGCAGCCAUGAUCAUGGGCAUAUUUUAGGAUUUCCAAGUGGCCACUUUCACCAUGUUGCUGCACUUGGGUUCGUCCCACAGACAGCCUUUUUCAUGGGCAUGUUUGACAAUAUCUGGAUGUCCAUAUGUUGUCGCACUGAAUGUUGUGUCCUGGUCCCAAGGACACCCAUUGUCGUUGGCAUAUUUUGGAGUGUGAGUUUGUACCAUGGACAACCAUUUUCAUGAGCAUAUUUUUCGGCAUAGCGGCUGCUAGUUGACCACUGGGACGCUGCCAGAUACUAGUAUAGGUUUGGACCAGCGCAAUGUGCUGCUAGUAGUGCAUGGUGCUGAUCACCCAGUAAUUAUCUUCUACGCUUCUUUAUGUGCAUGCUGGUCCUUCAGGAGCUGCAAACUUCCGCUUUUUCCCUCCUCUCAAGGAUGAAGCUUGACCAUGUGAAUGUUUUGAAGUAGAGCAGCACCACAGAGAGGGUUUCUCACGCAGAAGACCAUACAGCACUCCUGUCUUAUCCUUUUCCGGUUGUAAGGUAGUUUUUGGGUGCCCUGGGUUGACAGCAAAAGCAAGCUGCCUAGAUGAAACAGACAUCACUUUCAAA